AUGGCUAGCCAGCAGCAGUGCGGGCCGAGGCCGGCCCCAUACUGCUCGAAGUCACCGCUCGAGCAGCCGCUGCAGGUGAAGGUGGUGGGGCUCUUCAAAAGCUCCAGCUUUCACAUCGCGAAGAGCGCGGCCGAGAGUCUGAAGAGUAAUUAUCCAACCAAAUUUGAAGAUCCUAUAAUAGUUCCUCUUCAAGAAUUUGCAUGGGAUCAAUAUCUACAGGAGAAAAAAAGGGAACUCAAGAAUGAGAUCUGGGAGUAUUCUUCCUGCGUGAUGUGUUUUGUUAAUGAUCAGUUCCUGGGUGAUGCAUUUGAUCUUCAGAAAUGGGCUCACAAGAUGUGGGAUGUAGUUGAUUUUAAGCCCCCUGCACUUUAUGAGGCACUUACUGUGGAUUAUUCUGCUAAAUUCUUAAGAGACACCAAGCAUGGUUUUGUGUUCUUGGACAUUUCUGUUGAUUUUCAUCCAAUUGGAAGGUUGGUUUUGGAGCUAUACUAUGAUGCAUGUCCCAAAACAUGUAGAAAUUUUCAGGUCUUGUGCACAGGAAAAGCAGGGUAUUCUCAGCGUGGCAUCAAGCUACAUUACAUGGGUUCAAUUUUUCAUCGAAUAGUACAGAAUGGUUGGAUACAAGGAGGAGAUAUAGUAGCUGGAAAAGGAGAUGAUGGCGAGUCAAUUUAUGGACCAACAUUUGAAGAUGAAAACUUUUCAAUUCCUCAUGAUAAGAGGGGAGUUCUUGGAAUGGUCAACAAAGGCCGUCACAGCAAUGGGUCACAAUUCUACAUCACACUACAACCAACGCCCUAUCUAGACAGAAAAUAUGUGGCUUUUGGGCAAUUGAUUGAAGGAACACAAGUUCUUCGAAAACUAGAAUUGGUUCCAACAGAGAAUGAAAGACCAAAACAACGCUGUAUGAUUGUUGACAGUGGAGAUCAUUAUGCCUGAUUUUCAUACAAUAUUUAUUGACAACUUAUUAUUAUGCGUCUGAUAAGCUGUUUCUGUAUUUAAUUAAACAGUGCCUGAUAAAAUUUAA